CGGCCGCUCGCCACGAUGGGCGCCGCGACCACCAUCCACCACCACCUUCCCGUAGCUCCGCACCGCGCUACUCCAAGGCGCCUUAGCAGCGCCAGCGCCAGCAGCAGCAGCUCGUCGCCCCAUCCUGCCGCCUUCCGCUGCUGCUCCCGUCUCAAGACGCCGGGCAUCCAGCUGCAGGCUCUCUCGACGCCGGCGAGGGCGUACGACUUCGCCCUCCGCGUGGCGUUCAACCCCUCCGGCAACUUCGACCUCUCCCUCUCCGACCAAGACGAUGUGCCACAAAUUGAGCCUCCUCCACCACCGACAGAAGGGCGGAUUGAGAUUGUUAUCAAUAAGGACAUCAUCCGAUCACUCGACCUAUCGCCUGUUAAAGAAGCACUUGGUGACCUGAAUUCCUUAACGGCAGCUCAAUCGAAAAAGCUGUUGGAUCGAACGGUUGGGUUCACUAUAAUCUAUGAGAGAGAGGACCCGUACGACACCCGGGAGCUGUCAGAGUUCCCUGACAUUAGGCUAUGGUUUGUGAGGCUUGAUGCGUCUUAUCCUUGGUUCCCGGUGGUGCUUGACUGGAGAGCCGGUGAGCUCGCUAGGUAUGCUGCAAUGCUGGUCCCUCACCAGAUGAGUGCGCGUCAUGGCGUGGUCUUCAACCCGGAGGCACUAGAGCUGUUUGGAAUGAACAAAGUGUUCAUUGUCUACUCAUGGCUAAAGCAACAGAACCUUGUCAAGCCCCAGCUGAAGACGGCUGACAUGGCCAGGAUGCUCGGUUUCGGUAUCGGGGAUGAGUUGUUUGAUUUGAUCGAGAAGUUCCCUGUUGAUACAUUGUAAAUCUACGCAACCAGGACAAUUGUGACGGAUACAGAUCACGUCGAAUUACCACCAUUUCAGUGGUACAAUUGGUUGCUUGGUGCUAGUAUAUACCUACGGUUCUUGUGUACUAAAAAUCUGUCAGGAUGUUUCUCAAAGAAAAAAAAAAAUCUGUCAGGAUGUAAAUAGUACCACACCACAGAAAUCCAAAUUUAGCAAAGAUUGUGCCGGCAA